AUGUCUAGUUCGAGGUGUUUCAAUUCAGGGAUGAAGGAGAGGAGGGCCUUAUUAACCCGCUCGAUUCCCACAUUGGUGGAAAAGAGUAAGAAAGUAUAUGAUGUUCGAUCAGGAAAUGAAAUGGCAAACAAAUUCCGGAACAUGAUCAAGUCGAAGCACACAAGUGAAAAGAUUAGCAAAAGUCAGAAUGGGUCAAACCGAUUGAUUCCUGGAGGUCCUGAUCCCCGUCAUCACUAG